GCCUGGACACAUGCUGCAGGUGGGGCUCAGCCUGCCCCGCUCCCCCGGGGGGGCGGCUGGUGGCUUCCCCGUGGCUGAGCCGGCCGAGGGCGAUAACACGGGCAGCGGGCAAGAGAUGUUUGGCUCAUCUCCAGUCACCAUCGUCAUCACGUCGGAGGCUGACACCUGGGACAUUGAUGCCUCCUCUUGUCUGGGCUGUGGACAGUUUGUGGAUUGGGACAGGAUGCCAGACUUGGAGCAAGAGGCGCGUAUCCCCCGAGACAUCCUCAGCAAGCCCCCGAAGGAGCUGAAGAAGCUGGCAAGAGAAGGCUACUGGGCUGCAAGCCGUGCUCUGAGAGCUCAGGUCUAUCACCAGCUCAUCCAGCAGGUCGCCUGCCGGCUCGUCACCCCGGAUGCUCUUGUCUACAGGGACGUGGCGAGUCGGCUCUUUGGGAAGCCAAGCGUGAGCUCCCACCCUUUGCCUGAGUUCCUGGAAGGAUGCUCCAUGCCCACCUACUGCCUCAACCUGGAAGGGGUCACCGCCUUGAAGAAGAUCCUCAUCUGCGUUGGCAACCUUUUCCCUGACAUAACCUACAGCCCGAUCCUGCCCUCUCUGGUGGCUCUGCUGCUGCACUAUAGCGAAGACGAAGCUCAGUGCUUUGAGAACAUCUCUCGCCUCAUCGCCAGCAAUGCUCCCCACACCAGCUACAUUGACCAGUCCUUCCUGGCUCACCAGGCCUCCUGCAUGACUUUUGGGGAUCUGGCCAACAAGCACUGCCCAGCAGCUCACAAACUCAUAGCCAGCAGCUCUGCGAAUGUCUUUGAGGUCUACUCCGAAUGGUUAUCCUGGCUCUUUCAUGACCUUCCCUUCAACUAUGCCAUCCGUGUCUUUGAUGUCUACCUGCUGGAGGGGCAGAAGGUCCUCUACCGCAUUGCCCUGGCCUUGCUGAAGCAGUACAGGCUCUCGGUGACCUCCACCGAGCUGGAGGGGACUGAUAUUAAGGCAGACCUGCAGGCUUUCAUGCAGAACAUUGCUGAGCACGUGACUGUGGACAAACUCCUAGAGAGAGCCUUUGGCAUCCGGCUCUUCUCCCGCAAGGAAAUCUGGCUCCUCCAGAUGGCCAACAGGAAGGCGUUAAUGGAGAGGGGCAUAACCAUGGUGCAAAGAAGGCAGUCCUUCCACCUGGCCGUGGACAUGCAGAACUUCAGCUCCAGCACUGUAACGGCUCAGGAGAUGCGCAUCGUCUGGUCCUGGAUCCCUGAGCGCUUCUCCCUCUUCCCCCCACUGCUGCUCUUCUCCACCUCAGAAGAUGGGUGCAGCCUGCAGAGGUUUUACACAUGCUGUGAAGGCUACGAACCAACGGUGCUGCUCAUAAAAACAACAGAGGGGGAGGUCUGUGGGGCGUUUCUCUCCUCCGACUGGAGCGAAAGGAAAAAGAGCGGGGCAACAUCCGGCUUUUUUGGGACAGGGGAGUGCUUUGUGUUCACUGUACGACCCGAGAUGGAAAGGUACGAGUGGGUGUUCAUCAAGAAGCCAGAGCUGGCCAAAGCUGUGCCACGCUCACGCCAGCGGUCACCUUCUCCCUCUCCCGUGUCCCUCCUCGGCUCCUCCCCGGAUGGCCACGGCACCAGCUCAAACCGUCUCACCGUGCCCACCCCGCAGAGGAAAGGCCGUCUCUCCCCUUUUCUGGCCAUCAGACAUUUCCUCCUGCCUUCCAAAACAGCCUCCAUGUUCAUGUCCGGGUCACGGGAAGGGAUCAUUAUCGGUGGAGGGGGAGGCCAAGCUCUGUCCCUGGAUGCCAACCUGCUCUGGGGGCGCACGGAGCACUGUGAGACCUUCGACAACCCGCCGCUCUGCCAGGAGAACUUCAAGGUGCAGCUCUUGGAAGUGUGGGGCUUUCAAAACGCCUAG